AUGGCUUGGGCAUCGCGUAUUGUCACAAUAACGGGCCUUGUGCUCCUGGUCCAUGCCGGCUACUCUGCCCAGGAGCACGCCGUGCUCUCCGCAGUCACGACCCAGCACUCGUCGUCGCAAGUCAACUCUCUCCCACUGGACAUUUGCAUCGAAACGAUUGUCGCCACCCUGGUGACGGUCCUGGGCCUCGUCCUAGGCACGUCCAAGCUCCGCCCCAUCGAGUGGCACGUGUGGGCCGGCAAGAUCGAGCGCGAGGGCGCUGAGGGCUUCCGCGGAAGCGGCGGCGAGGCCGACAAAGACUUUAAGGGUAACCCGUUUCGCCAGCUGGAAACGAGACCCGGAUUCGUGGAUAUCCGGAAACAGCGGCGCGAUUUCGCAAAGUGGGCAAAGAACGACAACAAGGCUUAG